CAUAUAUACAUACAUAUGUAUGUAUUUACACAUAAGCAGGUACAUACAAACACGUACGCCGCUUGCUGCGGCUGUUUAGUCCAGUGUUGCCAAUGCACCAAUCGUAAUGCUAAUGCAGAUCGUAAGCUGGAGGACGAGAAUGACGUGGAAUUUCAACGUGGUGAACUCACCCGGAAAAUGGAAGCUGGGAAGGACGUUGUUAUUCAGACCGAUCGGGCAGCGGUGCUGCGUAAUGUGGAUUGCCCGAAAGCGGAAUAUCAUUUUGUUGUUUUGCCCAAAGAGGACAUAGCAAAUGUGACUGCGCUAAAACGGGAGCACCUGGCCCUUCUGGAUCACAUGAUGGAUCUAGCUAACGAAAUCAUUGAGCAGCAGCCUCUGCCCUCCAGCAAUUUUCGGGUCGGCUUCAAAAUUGACGCGUUUAUGAAUCGCUUAAAUAUGCAUGUUAUUUCGGAUGACUUCUAUUCAAGCUUCAUGCGUCGCAUUCAGCACUGGAACACGUUUAACACAGAUUUGUUUAUAACUUUUCAAGCUGUAUACGCACUUCUGCGCGUCAACGGAUCUGUUGAACCCAUGCCCGCCGAUAAGGCGGAAGAAUUGCGUAUGGCCACGCCUAUUCAUUGCAACCAGUGCAGUUUUAUUACUGAUAAUUUUAGCAAAUUCAAGAUUCAUUUAUAUGACCAUUGGAGAAAACGACAAAAUGAUCGUCUAAGCAGAAUGGGCGUGGCAAAUUUGUCGCAAUCAAUUGGACAAAUGCAUUUGAAUGCCAACAGCAACAUUUGUGGAUAUGCACCACCAAUGCGCAACCCAUUUAAUGGAACUGGUGAUGCUAUGGGGGGAUGGACUGAUUUCUUUAUAAAAAACUUUCCAGGAACAUUUGGACAACAACAUCGACCAAAUAUGAUUAUCCACAGACCAUAUCAUAUGAAUAAUAAUGCACCGUCAUCAUCUCAGGCAAACCUUAAUCAGAUGCAUUUCAGGUUCCCUAACCCAGGAGUACACAAAAAUCGUCUCGACUACAGGCAGGUUGUUAAAUCUAAGCAAGCUGCUGAGCAGACGAAGGCAAAUCUGUCUGUCAACACAGCUAAUAAGUCGAAUGGUAAUGCUACAUCAAACAUAUGCCCCAACAAAAAUAUCGGAUAUAUUCCGCAUUAUGUUUCGGAGCACUCACAACAUAAUCCAAUCGAUGGAAAGCCGUUCAUCAAAAAGAAAUGGAAUAACAAGCCGAAGAAAAAGAACCAAUGCCCGCCAGAUUCCCAGACAUCCAGGGGUAAGGAUACCGCACCUGGCGAGGCCUAACUUGUUUGAGAUGAUUCUUUUGCAGAAAAUAUUCGACUGCUGUUCAGAGCGUCCUUAAUAUUAUCCAAAUACAUAUACAAUAUUUCAAUUACUAUGAAUAUUACAUGUUUAUGUUAUACAAGACAUAUUCAUGCAUGUAAAAAAAAACGACUUACAAAAUUGUAUUAAAUUAAUCGAAAUUAAGCGAUUCUUACCCCAACAGGUCUUAUUCAAAA